GCUCCUCUGUAAACGUCCUCGGAGGACUCGAGACGUUUUCAUUGGCCGUGGCGGAGAGAGAGGAGGAGGAGAGACCGACGGACUGGCUCGAAUUCCUCCGCGCUCCUCACAUUUCUUCAAAUCACGGACCUCCUGCUCUCCUGCUUUCCUCCGUCCCGACACUCAUCCACUAGACCAGCUCCAGCUCCUUCCUCUUUCUCCUUUUUUCCUCCUCUUCCUCCACCUCCUACGAGAAGCUUUCCGAGCGGAGCUGCUGUUGACAAAAUGGUAACACUGAACUGCAAAAGUAGCGUUUUUCCAUUUUAAGUUUACUCCAUCUGAUGUGAAGCUGGUAAAGAAACGGGUGUAAUUGUUUAAUAGUACUCUAAAUCUGACUUUUCCCCCCCUUGUCUCGUCUUUUCGUCCAGAUGUAUCGAGGUAUCACCGUGCUAUGUCUGCUGGCCCUGGCUGUCUGUAAUGCCGAGGUAAGUUCGGCCGUUUCUUGACUCUGAAACUUAUAACCAAAAGCUUUUGUUUUGUAUAAAAGUGGUUUUAAAUGCAGCCUUAAAUGUGAUAAAAACGCUUCCUUUCCUUUUCUUCAACAAUUUUGUUCACAUAGACGAGCAUUGAAACAUCUGGAAAGCGGUUAUUAUCCCAAACAACACGGUGCUGGGGCGAAAAUAAGACACUCAUGGCUGGGUUUUUCAAGACUACACUCAGCCUAUAGCUUGUUAUGGUGUUUAUCUUCUUAAAGAGAGCCAAUUAUACAUUUAGUAUUGUCACUCUGCGCAGUUAUGAGCUUCAUUGUUGAGAAAAUCAGACUCAGGCUUUAACUUAAUUGCUACUGGGAGAUUAUCUCAGCUGGGACAUCUCCCCUUAUCCUAUCAUAUUAUGGUUUUAAACGUUUAAGGGCUUUUAUUUGAGGGUGUGACGGACCACAUACAACCAAAAAUGCGCCUGUGGUUUUAAUUGUAGAGUUUUGAAGUUAAAGCUCAAGACAAAGCUGCCAGAGUGACCCAAAAGUGACAGACAGCUGUGAAAAGAAAAGAGGGGAGGGCUUGUGUUUGCUGGCUCUGGGGGUUUGAUGGCCCUCAUCAUCAGUAUUGUAGGAUUUGGAGGCGAAAUGCUCCACCGCCUGGCAGCUGCUCUAAUGGCACACAAACAGCUUGUUUGGGUGGUCAGAGGGACGGAGAGCUUGUGUGUGUGUGUUUGUUGGUGUACUCAGGGGUGGUGAGUGUACUCAGAGGCUGUGAGAAUGCUCACCUUAUGGGUCUCACACUAGAGCGCUAAGUAGUGCAGCCUCUGAGCAAACAUGUGGAUGAUGUGCUGGACUGGCGGUGAGGGAUCAUCCGGUCAUCUGAACUCCCUGUUAAAAAGGGAGAGAAACAAGUGUUGUUUGAGUGGAAUUUAAAAUAGUUUAAGAAGCUGGAAAGCCAAAUACAAAUCCAAACAAUCAAGACCUGCUAAGAGUAUGAUAAAGGGUGUGAAGAAUGGAGAACCAUACCAUAUGAUACAACACUAUACCCUUCAAUACAGUAGGAUACAAUACGAUAAGAAACCAUAUGAUACAACAGCAUAUGAUAUGACAUAAUAGGAUAUGAGAUUUUGUAUUACACGACAUGAUACGAUACCGUAUGAUAUGAACACAUAUGAUACGAUGCCAGGUGAUAUAGUAGCAUUCAUUACGAUAAAAUAAAAUAGGACUUGAUACCAUAGGUUAUGAUACGAUACAAUAUUGAUUGUGUCCGAGGGGAAUGUUUCUCUUGGACUUUUUCAGCGUUUGAGUUACCUUGGAAGUCAGUCCGAGCUGAAAAUAAUGUCACACCCGAGUUACCAGCGUUUCGGUUACCAAGUCGGAAAAAUGCAAAAUUGAAGGCGGAAACAAGAUGGCUACAUGAACGAAAGUUAUUUUAGCGCUCGCCUAGUGCUAAAAUAACUUUCGUAGAUGUAGCCAUCUUGUUUCCACCUCUGAUUUUGCUCCAACUUGUUAACUGAAACGCUGGGAACUCAAGUGAGACGUCAUUUUCAGCUCCGACAUCUGACUUCCUAGGUAACUCUAACGCAUCAUUACUCAUCUUGCAAGCUCCCGUACUCUACCUAAAACUGCACCAAAGUGGUUAUUGUUAAACCAUUUUUCUGUCAAACAUACAAAGACACCCAGAGGCCAUUUGAACACCAAAAAGGUUGAUGUUUCGCAGGCGUUGAAAAAAGAACAUAGCUACCCAGUUUAGUGUGACUCUUCAUAUAUUGGAUAUUCGUGGAGUGUAUUAUUCAGCACUAUCCCAAAAAGCUACCAUUCAGCUUUAAGGAAAAUAAGAGCAUCCUAGUCAACAUUGCGUGCACACUCUAGGUGUAAUCAAUGACGCUGUAAGCAAAGCAUUUGGUGACUCACCAUUCAGUGACCACUUUAAACAAAUCACUUUCAGACGUCCUGUUCUCUGGUUCCUCAUCUGAUUGAGACUCAUGAUUCUGAAAAUACUUGUUGACGCUGAGUUCGCUGAUUGUCGGCUGUUCCAUUGCCGUGCAGCCACACAGUCUUAAAAAUGAGCCGUGUCUUGGUGAAUGUUUUGUCACAGUAACAAACUUUCGUAAUCACCUCUCAAGUUUGACAGGGUUUGUAAUGAGGUUUUUUUUACUUUGCUAACAUGGAUGGAUUUUUACUAUUUCAAGCCAAAUUUCCAGAGGCUUUGAGUAAACACCAGGUGGUGAUUGAUUGUCUGUCACAGCUGUUGAACACCUGGCUUUGUGUUGACUCCUCUGUUGACCUGAACAACAGUUGCAGGCUGAGGGACUAAACAGAGGAAUAGCUGCAGCCUAAUUACAGGAUGGAUUUUUCAAGCACUUGUAGCUGCGCCAAAUGUGCACCACAAGAUAAACCAAUUGUCUGCUGCCCGAUCCAUCUUUAUGGCCUUACGCAGAUGGCCAUUAGUGUCUCUACUGCCACAACAGCCUGACGUCUAGGCUGACCUUCCGCUGCUGUCCCUGCUUGCAGGCAAAUCAGCCAGCAGACAGUCAUAGGAACAGCAAUAAAAUGUGGGUUUAUUGAAUUCACGGUGUUGAUCUGUGAGGUAUGGCAUGGCAAAGACAGAGCACACAGAAGAGUCUGUUGAAUGUACCCACUAAGUUAAUAGUGAAGCAUUGAAGAGGCAUCUAUUCUCCGAAGGUAAUUACCCUGAUAAUAUACGGCCUGUUGACUUGCCAUGGGAAGAGCCUGAAGUGGCAUUCCAGUGUUGCUGCAAGUUGGAGCGAAGCUAUCGCAGAAGAUGAUCUGAUGAGCCUCCAGUGUGUAUGUUUAACAAGGAGACACGUGUUUGAAAUUGUAUACACAGUGAAAAAAGAGCUGGAAAAAAUGACAAAAACAGGACUCUUUGUGUGUGAAUUGAUGUGUUUACUUCCUGGUGUGAGCGCAGGUUAUUAAAAUCUGGACACCCACUCCUGAUUUAUUAUGAAGGACAAUGCCUGUGUGCUUCCUGAGGUGAAAAAUUGCAGCGUUUGAAGACAAGCAGCUCAGAGAUGAAGUGCUGCGGGGUGGCCUGGGUCGGGACUUUGUGCAUAAGAAUACGUGUGUGUGUGAGUGUUCGCAGGCUGGAAAGGAGAUAGGCAUCUUGUGAAUAAAAUGUUGAAGUCAAACACACGGGAAGCUUGAUAUGCAAAGAAGGUCGAGAUGCAGGCUUAGUGAAAGUCACAGGAGUUUGCAGCCCCGAGGGAAACAUGUGUGAGCACACACUUGCAUAGAAACACAGAGAAAGGAAAGAGUGUUUGUGUUUCUGUUUUGCGUUAUCUUGUUAUCCAGCAUCAUCCACUGUGACUGGGAGGAAUGACACAGCGGCUAAUUAAGUUAUCUUGACUGGCUCUUGGUCCUGGAAAACAGAGAUGUCAACAAGGCAACCAGACCGCAUCCCCUCUUCUGUCUAAAUGUCCAAAAGCAGAGAGGCAGAGGAGGAAAAGUUGAAGGGAGGGAGAAGUCUAUAGGGUCUGAACCUGCAGGUUCUGAUUGAGCCCAGAAACCCUGCUAUGUUGCCAUGUUGAUGCCUGCUUCCUCUAAUUCAAGGAGGACUAAAAAUACCCAGCCAGGUGUAGGGAACAUGAGCAAGAGGGGACGUUGUGUCCUCUGUCUGUUUCAGCUUGCUCUAAUUACUGUAGCCCAGCAUCCAGUCAUGGAUCCUGUACAGGCUGAGGAACUGAAGUGAUGUAAACCAAAGUGGAGAUGGAGCCACAAUCAUGCAAUUACAGCUGGGGAAACAGAGGGUGAGGUAAGACUUGGCUGUGGAGUGAGAGGGCAGAGGGACACAGAGAAGAGGGGGGUGAUCUGCGUUUCAUGUCCCUGCAGUGUGUACUCUUCACUCUUGGCUUGGCUUAAAAGGAGCCCUCAUUUGGCGUACCAGCUGUGCUGGUGUCUUAUCAUUACCGGUGCUCUGCACUAAAGGCUUGACACACAUAAAUUAACACGCACACACAGAUGACAAAGAAAAGCAUGAAAGAGUACUCCAAGGGCUUACCUUACUCAUGCUCACUAAAAGUGAAGCAUGCACAAAGGUGGAGAGGACUAAAUUAGACUCCUCAGGUGUGAUGAUAAAUCACUGCUAAAAUAUGCGUAGAUGAAGUGAUCAAAGACUUAUUAUCGUAAAUACAGAGAGGAUGAAGCAAUCCGUGUGCCUGUGUAAAGGAUUUGCAGAUGGAUGAAUUGAGCCAAUAAAGCUGACUAAAAUGCAAACAUAUUUUUCUUUUUAUUCAGAGGGAUGGAUUGUUUUAAAUGAGUUAAAUACAUUGACUUAUGGAGUUUGGGAUCAAUAAAGUCUAUCUAUCUAUCUAUCUAUCUAUCUAUCUAUCUAUCUAUCUAUCUAUCUAUCUAUCUAUCUAUCUAUCUAUCUAUCUAUCUAUCUAUCUAUCUAUCUAUCUAUCUAUCUAUCUAUCUAUCUAUCUAUCUAUCUAUCUAUCUAUCUAUCUAUUAUUCAAUAUAAAACUAUCAGAUCAUUCAGUUGUUUUGUUGUAGUUUUAUUGUGAGUUAAUACAACUGAAUAUAUUGGCCUAUGAAACCAUCACAAACCAUCGCAUGACUCUGAAUGGGAUGUAAUAUAAUAAUAUUUGAUAAUAAUAUUCUAUUGUGAUAAAACACCCUGUCAGAAAAAUCAACCAUUUUCCAAUUGUUCACCUCUUAUUAAAUUGUGGUGUGGAUCCCUGUGAUGCUGUUUUUUUUUUUUUUUACCUUGCUUUCAAAUUGCAAGAACAUUUUUGGUAUAACUCGUCAGGCAGAAACCUCACACAACCCAUUAACCUCCCCCAGAGACCAUCUUGCAUUCAGCAGCCCGUGCAGAGGACGCACCCUGAGAUCAGGCCCUGCAUCUGUAAUGCAGUUUACUUGGCAGUGAGGGGGUCACUGCGGGAUGAGUGAUUAACUAGCUGCCAUUGUUCUUGCCAAUUGUCAUUGUUUGAAUUCCUCCAGCUUCACCCAGAAAACCUUGACAACAGCUACAGAGACCAAACAGCUCAUUAACACAGUUUUUCCCCCAAAAGUGGUUCAUGUUACUGUGUUAAAUUUUUUGUGGUGUGGAAGAUGAGACAGCAGGAUAUUUUUUUUGUCAUGGGUACCGAACAGCUUAAUCUGCAGUUUCAGUGUGUUCAGUUUUGUUGUUUUUUUUUUUUUCCUAGAGCUGUAAAUCUCAAACAAUUUUUUCACUCCUGCAUUCACAUUUUUUAUUUUGAUUUGCUGCUUUUAUGUUGUUAAAAGAUGUUUCACUCAGAGUUUUUAUCACAACAAGGACUCAAUGCCAUGUCACCAAAACAGUCAAUAAAAAGUCAGAAUUGAUGCCCAGAUAAUGUUGCCCGGGAAAUAAAAUAACUACAGUUCUGAAAUAUACUGAAAAAUAUCAAAUACAAAAGUGGUUAUUAUGUAGACAAAAAUGCCACUGUGGUUCUCAAAAUAUCACACUGUAUGCACUUAAACAAAUUAUUUACAUGUUUAAAAAUUUAAUGUGUAAGCUGCACUUUAUAGACAUCUGGGUGGAGCUAGUUCUUGGUCUAUUUGGAGUUAGAAAAAAGUAUGAGUAUAUAAAAAGUAUGACAGCACUUUCAGUUUCAGAGAAUAGCAGUAUUUUACAUGUAUCUAUGUGUGCUAUUUUAAAGGUAAUUUUGCUUUUAUUAGACAGGACAGCUGGAGAAAGACAGGAAAUGUGGGGGGUUAAGCGUGGGGGUUGACAUGCCGCAAAGUUCGUGGCCGGGAGCUGAGCCAGUGACCGCUGUGCUCAAGACUGUUGCCUCUGCACACGGGGCACGUGCUUUUAAUACCAGGCCAACAGGGGUCAGAUUUUGAAUCCUGAUGGAAAAAAUUAGCAGAUGGAUCAAAAAGAAAGAAGACUUAAGGAACAGAACAGUAGAAAGUGUGGAAAAUAAGGUGCACGUGUAAAGCAUGUCUUUUUAUGUGAAGCAUUGAUGAAUCUGUGCCCCCUACCUUGUCUUCACUUAACCUUAGAGGGGCACAUCAGAUCAGCACAUUUGGUGUAGAUGAGAGAUGAGAUUUUGUAGAAAAGCCUGAGAUGAACUACAUCAUCUCAUAACCCCAAUCCUAUACAUGACAAGGACAAGCAACAAACCCUGAUUCCUUAGAGGCAUUUUGGUUCUUAUAAAGUUGAACCUAGUCUUUCUUUGUGAUCUUUUCUUGUUGUGUUGGUAUGUGAAAGUUGAGUCAGACAUGAGAGAAACUGACAAGUCUGCAAAGACUUACAAGAAACAGACAGAAAUGUGUCUAUUGGUUGUUUUUCAGACCCUGUUUUUUAAAUGCAUGGGCCACAGUCCCGCUGACUCCCUGCAAUGAAGAGGUUUUAGAUGUCUGCUGACACUGAACCCAUCCUGCAGUCUGAAAAUGGGCCUUUUUCCUCCACAAACAUGUUCCAGCCAUUAGCCCCAAUACUGGCCUCAAAGAGAGAGCAGAGAGGAGGGCAGGGAAGCUACUCAUUCCCCUGGACUGAGCCUAGCAGGGACCCUCCCUCCCUCCUUUCCUCUCGUUCUCCCCUCCUUUCCUGGCAGUGGAAAAAUGCCCAGAACAUAGCAGGGGUGGAAGAAAGGAGAGGAAAGUAAAGUGUAUGGAGAGAAAAAGAGAGCAAAGAGUUGGGCAAAAUAAGAGAUAAUUACUGUGAAAAAAAACAUGUUUAAGUUGUUGAAAAUAUGUACUUUUUAACGGUAGUUUUGUUUGGGACUGACAUGUGUCAGGUGAUAGGGACAGGGGACACUUUUGUCCCAGCAGUGUGUCGAAAAAAAAGGGGGUAUUUGGUGUGGUGCAGUGUUUGUUGCAUUUUAUGUUCUCCAGUGACGUUUUAACUGCUAGCAGAUGUGUCCCUGCCCAGACCAUGACUUAUUUCCUUUUCUCUACCCUUUCUCUUUCUCUCUCUCUCCCUCUCUCUCUAACGUUCUCUGGUUCUUUCCCUUCUUUUGCUCCAGUUUAACUUUGCCUCCUUUGUUUCUUCAUUUUCUCAAAGUUCCUAGUUCGUUGCUCUUCAGCUCUUGAAACAACGGGGCUGGUGGGUGUAAAAGAAGAGGCUGCAGACGGGGGUGACAUCAUCCUGUCUGUUGGUACAUUCCUUUCACACUGAAUAAGAAACAGAGAGAAGAAUAACAGCGCAAACUGGUGGCCUGUUCGGAUCCUUUUGUUUUUGCAGGUUUAAUCUCAACACAACCGCCCCCCCCAAGAGCUCAUUUGAGACCACCCAUAGAGUCUUUACAUAGCACUCAUAUCUUUAGAGCCCUCUCAAAUUAGUCUUACUUUGGCCUCAUUAUUCCAAGGACACAUCCUGCCAGCUCCACUAUCCGCUCAUUUCCAUAGAAAUCCAUGAAAUACUUAACAGGCAUCUCGGCAGGAAGCAUGUCAGGAGAUAGUGUCAUUCUGAGGUUGGAUGUGUGUUUCACAGCAGAGGCUUUUUGUACGUCUGAUCUCAGGCGGCUGUCAAGUCAAGAAGAAAUGAGUCUGAACCUGAUUUGAUAUGUAUGAAGACUUAGUUGAACAGAUUCUGAAAGAGGAAAAUGUGUGAAUAAUUAAGGGCAAAUUCUACAGCUUUCUGUAGUGAUUCAAAAAGGGAAGUCUGUGAUGUUGCUCCCAUGUGAGAAAGUUCCUUAAAGACGGAAACUGGCACAUCGUCUGCGUACAGUCAAAUAGGAGUGUUUCUCAGUCGUCUUUGGCUGUGCUCCACUUCUCUUCCAGUAAGGCCCGCUUAGAGCCAGAGAGAAGCAAGAGAUAGAGCGUUCUUCGUGCCUUGAAGUAGACGAGCUGUUAACUUGGAGCCCUCUUUCUUCGUGUCCUUUUUUUCUUUUGCUGCUGGCGCGAGCCCACGACUCAUGAAGCUGAUGAGAAGUGGACAGUACAGAAGUGGAGAGACAACACUCAGGAAAAAGUGGGAAGUGCUGGAGAGGGGGAGAAAAAGCAUGGGGCACCUCUCUGACCUAGAUACUCGAAGAGAUUUUGGCUCAAGUCGAACUCUUUCGGACCCCAGCUGAGGCGCAACAUAGCUCAGGAAUGCACCCACCCCAACUCCUGAUUUUCCUUUCCCCCACUCUAUUAUUCUAUUUGAGAGUAAUCAGAAACACACUCAUGAAACACAAGGAUGCAUUGUAGGGUUAGAGCAGGUUCCUUUUCUCUGUGCACAUCUAUCUGAGUGUUGCAGCAGUGAAAUACUGAGUUUAAGGAAUUAGGUCAUUGUAUGUCAGGGAUAAACAUUUAUAAGCAUACUGCUAACAGUCGUGUUACGUUUAACAGACUUUACUACAAAUCAAAAUAAAGAGUGUUUUCAGGCUUUGAACUAAAUGUAAAAUGUUUAAGAACUUGUUCAGGGCUGCUUCUUGAGACUUUGCCAAUCAAAUAAUUAAAAUCCUAAAGGAGCCUCAUUACUGCACACCACAGUACGCAGGGUGAUUCACAAGCAACAGCAGUCAGUAAGCUUUUUAAAACCUGUCCCAAAAUGACCCUUGAUCGAGACUGAUGUUUUCACUGUUGGCAAAAACUCUUGAGGUCUUGCUCGCCCAAAAACAAACUCGGGCCCUUUGACUGAGGUAAAAACGCUGAAUAUUGUAGCUUUAUGUUAAAAAUCCGUGUUUAGUUUUUGACAGGCACAGAAGGGGCUCUGAGCUGAGCUGCUUGGUUGACCCCAUUAUAAGGUUGGGCCUCCUCCAUAUUUAUCGUCAAGGUGUUGACUUUGCACUGAUUUAUCCUCAUGAAUCCCCCCAAAACUGAAACAGUCAUUUUAGAAGUGUGAACUGAGCUGCCCCUAGCUAUGGCUAAAGCUGUUUUUCUGUUUCCUAAGGUUGGAUUGCUAAUACCCUUUAUUUGCUGGAAAUAAUAUAUGGUUAUACAAUUACUAGAAAUAUCACUAGCUCUGUCGCAGAAGCAAAUUCAAAUAAGCAAUCCCAAUUCAGUUAAAAUUUGGACUGAUUGGCUACGAAUAGUUGAGUUGCAACUGAAUGUAAAGCUGGUAACAAGUUCUUACUUAAGACUGAUGUGUGUCUAACAGAUAAAACACAACAUGUCAUUUAACUCUUUAUUAAAAGAGACAAAUAGUCCAAGAAACUUCAUUUAACAGCCAAAUUUGCAUUGACUGACAUAGUUUUGAUUAGGUACAGCAGAAAACCAGCUUAAAGUCAUGAGAGGGAACAGCUAAAGAAACAUCCACAAUUAGGUGAAUUUACAGCAAACUAGCACUGUAAUGGGUUUGUCUACAAGGCUACUCAUUUAAACAAACAGUACUCACUAAAAUCCCCUCUGCUUAGUCCUAACUCUUCUGUUUUUGACCAAACCAGACCAACUAUUCUCACCUCUUUCUUUUCUUUGUGCUAAGCUAUGCUAACCUGCAGCUAGCCAUGGAUCAUAUUUACCACACAGACGUCUAAAGAAAGUGGUGGAAACGUCCCCUCCUCUCUUUGAAAGUGCAAACUCAUUCCCUAAAUGUCAAAUAUGUGAAAUGAUAAAAAGUUCAGCACUACUAUUCUGUUUUAAGUUUGAGUAUUGCUGAUUAUAAAUUUACCAAAAAUAAUCUCGUUAUAGAGACAGAGUGAUGCCUUCAGGACACAGUUGGAAGCUUUAAAGUCUGUCUCGACUCCACAGCCUCAUCUGUUCAUGUCGGCGUCAUUGUUAUAACUCUAUAAUGAGUUCUGAAAUGUAAUUUCUUUGAUGAAUAACUGAGUCGGGGGGGUGAGUUUUUGUAAUCAUUUUCUCUUUUUUCUCGUUGCCGCAGCCCUUAUUUUACAGACAGUGGUAUGAAAUUAAAACAACUGCUCCAUUCAGAUUGCCUUUUUAUUGUUUGGUCGCAGUAUUAUCGUGACAGAUCUGAAGGAAAAGCCUCUUGAGUGGCACUCAGACUGGAAAUGCACAUUACAGUCACAAACUUGUGUAUCUUCUUAAACCUGUCAGGGACAACUUGUUUUUAAUAAUGCAAGCUGUCAUUUAGCAAAAUGUUUAAUUUAUGAAAACAUCAGACUGCAGACGUAACUGUGCCUCGGUGGAAAGAGGAGAAAUGUCAGGUUAUUUGUUGCAUUUGAUCUUUUAUGAGGAGGUGCCGGCUGCUUAAACGUAUUUACAAAGCUUUUUUGUAUUCAGUUAUGGUUGAACCUGUCUCUCAGAGAUGCUGAUGCAACCAGAGCUGAAACACCUUUCACCUCCAUGUAAUGCAGUACAUCUCAAUAUCCCGGAGAGAACAACCUCCAGAUGAGCAUGGUGUGGCAUCAACGUCUCACUUACAGAGAGUGUAAACUUGAAUUUUAAAGAUUCAGUGCUCGUUAGAUUGGAUGGUAUUAAAUCAAACCCUGUGUGCCCAAUAAACCCAUUAAGCUGAUUAAACUGAUUCUGAUCGCAACCAAAAGGCGCAGCGCGGCAUAAUCCAUUCACAGAAAUAAACUGGUUAUUGAAGACAUUACGUUUCUGAGCAAAUUGUUUCAUACUGUUUAUCACUGUGGGGGCAUACAUGGCAGGGUGUUUACAAUCAGUAAGUCAAUGUUGCUUAUGCUAAUGAGGGGACCGGGUGCAUUGUGGGUAUGGAUUCACGGUGGCUGUAAAAUGACACCCAGAGGAGGGAAGCAUUGAUUGGCCAGCUGGAUCAAUGAAGCAACACAGAGACACACACGUACGAACACAAACGCACAAAAACAUGCCGUUAAAGGCCGAUGUGCUCGGCUAGUUCCACUGCUGUGUGUAUGGAGGGAUGCAGAAAGACGUGUAGAUGGAUGUUCUAAUGGGAUUUUAAUGUCUUAGCGCCUUCAGAUUCAGCCGCCCUGCUGUUUCACUGCAUACGUACUAUCAGAGAUGGAAAAUGAAAGAGGCUUUUCUGUUUUUUGCUUACUUUAAGGAGAAUAAAAUCUGUCCUUUAAUUCCAGUUAGCCUCAACAUAGGGCCGGUCAACAUGUGGCAGGGGAGAGUUUUAACCACCUGCCUUUUCUGCUCCCGUUUCUCAGCAGUCAGACUUCUUUUUCUCAUUCCCCCUCUCUUUGCUCACUUCUAUUUUUCCUCCCCUGACUUCUGUCUAGCCCUGCAAAGCUCGUCUCGGCUCAGCGGCACGUCUCUUGCAGCCGUAAAAGGCCAUGGCACUGGGAAUAAGACAAGGCAGAGAGAAUGAAGCUACACUGUACUUCAGAUAGGAAGAGGGAAGUAUGCACUGAGGGUGUUGAGAAAUAUCACUUCAAUCUCCUAAUCUUUUUGAACCGCGUGAUGAAUAGAUUGAAGCAGAGAGAAAUGGUGUAAAAAGAGGGGCAGGAGUCUGGGAAAAUGAGCAGUAAAAUGUGCAUAAAUACAAUCAUGUCUUUUGCUGGAGGCAGCUCUCUUUAUGAAGGGCGCCGGUCUAAUCUGUAAUGAUUCACCAGUCACUUAUUAGGGCUCCAGCUCCUGUGAUUGGUUUUGAAUGGGAGGGAAAGAAAAUGAGGAGUCUUUGUUUAUUGUUUUGAAAAAUUGAUGCCAUUUAAGUAGGACACCCACUGUGGGUGUGUUUGUUUUUGUUGGAGCUGGCUUUGUACAUUUAUCGCUAAUGUCUGCACAGAUGGUUAUUGAGUAAAUAUUUAUGUUUAUAUUAGUCUAAUAUCCAUGCUAUCCAUGGGGGGUUUAGGAGAGCCUGGAUUUGAUCGUGUAAACAUGUGAAACAUGGAAAACUGAAACCUUGGCUUCGAGAGAUAUGAGUAAGUAUCCACUUACUGCGGUGAUGGAAUAAUACCUUUUAGAGAAACCAGGACCGCUGCAGUGCGGUCAACUUGACCUGCACACAGGAACUCAGUUUACCACCAACAGCUGGUUCACUGGCGUAGCUCAAAGAUUGUGAAAAUCAGGCAAAAAGUGUGUCUCUGUCUGAAGACUACAAAUGUUGUCUACCAGGACCUCUAAAACUUAAAGAAACUUUUUGAACACUUUCUGAUAUGAAUGUGUGGUGGUCACUUGGCUGCCAGGGAGUCGCAGCUUCUACCGACAAAAAAGGAGCGGUAAUGAAUUUUUUCUUCAAAAAAUGAGACAAAAUCACUUAUAAUUUUCUCUUUUUCAACAGUGCUAAGUUUACUCUCCAUUUCCAGUCUCUACGCUAAAUUAAGCUAAGCUUGGUAAAUCUGUACUGUACUGAACUAAGACAAGCUAAGCUACGCUAACUGGACAUCAAGUCGAGUUUUGAGUGUACAGGUUGGAGGAUGAUUUCAAUGAGACUGUCACAAAAUCAGAUUUUCUCUUAGUGAUUUUUGUGACCAUAAAAUAUCCCAGUAACUAUAUUAUCAGUUGAAAACUUGAAAAUAAAACAACACAAUCAUUCACAGUGAGAAGACGUCUUAUUAAAUAAUUGUUGUCAUGCUUUUAUUUUGACAUCUUUUCCCUCUUGAGUCUAAGUUGCUUUAAAUCCUGCAUUGUCAAACUAUACUUUUAUUUUGAAGUAUGCUACUGCCAGAAGAUUGUUUCAUUAUGGGACUGAGUGAAAACAAUUAAAACAACAGACAGUAUAACAGUUAAUUUGACUGCUAUUACUGUAUGCCUAUUUUUAGCCUAAUAUCAAUAUUAGACAGUUAGGGUCGAUAGCGGUAUGUCAUGACAGCCCAAGCUUCAAUUUUUUCAUCCACAGAAAAGCUAAGACUAUUUUACUCUCAAGUUUUAUUUCCUUUUCUGUGUGUAUAAUUUAGCUUGAUAUGUGGUGAAAGUGUAGUGUGACAGUUGUGAAGAGUGUAAUAUAAUCAGUGGUUAUACACUGGUUAUAGGUGCUGUAGUCAAGACCACUUGAACCAAGCCACAGUCAAAACCUGACAGAGGUGUUUAAGGACUGUGAUGAAGUCCAAACCACCCUGGUGGUCUUCACAUACAAGCUCACAAUUAUAUAAGAUUUAAAACACAACAAAAUGCUGCAAACCGCUUUUUUAAUAUUCAAUUUUCAACUCUCUGUGCUUCGUGUAGCUAAAUUCUUAAACACGUCUGCUUUUGCACAAAGCUUUAUUACUUAUUUUCUGUACUUUUUUUGCUCAACUGUCUUCUUUUUUUCUUAUUUUAUUCCUGUUUGUAUUAAUAUUUAUAUAUUCCCAAUGUUAUGUUGUGUUAAAGAGCUACUAUAAAAACAGAAUUUCCCCUCAGGAGAAAUACAUUAUUUCUCAUUCUAAUUCCGAUGUUGCAUAAAUAAGCAACAGCCAGCCAGUCCUUUAAAUCAUCAGAACAAUUCACAUUUCCCUUUAACAUCCACAGAUGAAUAUUAAAAUUCCUGUACAUGAGAAAUCACUGAGACCUUCUGGUGACCAGUCUCAGACAGAGCAGAGAUUGACUUUUGAAAAGUGGCUUUGAGUCUGUAAAGACUUUACUUAUUCACUGAAAUGUUUUAUCGUUGUUGCUAAGAAUUUUACUGCUAGUAUCUGCUUAUACUCAAGAUUUACCUUUUUGUAAGUCUCGCUCCUGGACUGAGUGGUAAACUUGUGGCAGUAAGACGACCAAAAACCUGCACACAUCUGGACACAGUGUGAUAAAACGCUUGUUCUCAUGAUUUCCCGUGAAGGUCUUUUCCAGAAUUAUGAUGAAAAGCUGCUUUUAACUCGAAACCGGGACACUAGCAUGCGGUGACCAUCCAGGCUUUAUUUAUGACCACAAAAGGUAGUCUCACUUCCCAGCUCCCCUGUUUUCAGUUACUGUCAAUCAUAAAAUCUCCACCACAUGCUCUGCUGUGAUCCUAUUAUGGAGCUCGGUUCUGUCUGCCUCUCGUGAUUGACACCUCUGUGAUCUUGUCACAACAGGAGCCUGUACAUGCUCUCACCAUGGCAACAAUCCACUUGAAUCAGCUGGAGGAAAAAGAGCCUGGUGCUUGUGUAUUCAUUAGCUAAAUGUCAGGGAUCCUCUGCUGGUUCUGCUCACUGGGAGAGAUGGACGGAGAGAGAGUGGUGUAUGUUUAAACCUGAUUCAUCUGAGGAGCACAUCCAUUAUUCAUGUUCUCAUUGGAGGUUUCUACAGGUUUCAACAGGCUUGGAGCACAUCUGUGUCUAACAAACUGAAUUGUCCAACACUCUUAAAGCCACAGGGAUCACUUUGAAGAUUUUUCCAUGACCUCAACUUUGGAGUGCAAGUGUGUGUGUGUAUGUGUGUGUGUGUGUGUGUGUCAAAACCAUGCAUAGAAAUGAACCCAAACUUCAUAAUCCCUCUCCCCUCACCGCUUUGGGGUUAAAGCUGCUACAUUGCUAAACUCGCAUGUCACUGCCUCCACCCUGCAUCCAUCUUGUUUCAUUCCAUCAUAACUGAGUUUGGUCACAAGAAUCCACCCUGAUUUUAACCUACAUACCAGAAGCCUGGACACGCUAACACACAGCCAGCUUCGGAGCCAGCUCACGUGCACUCACACACACAAGGCCAACUUUGUGUCUCACUCUUACAGGAAACAGCGGCUUACAGAGGGGGAGGAGGGGGAGUCUAGAGGAACAGGGAGGAGAAAAGAUUUCACAGAGCAUGGGAAUGGGCCCAAAGGAAAACACAGCCCAGACUCCAGAUGUGGAAACACCCUGUACACACACACACACACUCGCAUAUGUAUACAAAAACACAGGGAUAGAGAAAGGGGAGGUAAUGAGGGUCAUAAAGCAGCUCUUGGAGCUCUGCUUGGCACCGUGUGAUUGGUUGGUUUCUUGCUCCAAUGAACUCACUUUUUGGCGAGUCGACCGGCAAUGUUCUUCGAUAAACAAAAGAUGAAGCAACACCGGUCUGAAAAUGAGAAAAUGAGGCCAGAAGAGAGAUUGAAAGAAUGAACACACAAACAACUGAAAUGUUUGAUCUUACAAAGCAGGGAUUUUUGACGGACCCUUUAGUUAGUAUGUUUUUCAUUCUGUCCUCGCUCUGUGUUCGGUAAGUGCUCACAUGCAGGGAAAAUUGAGUUGUUUGUGUCACAGAAGGUUUUAAUCUGCAGCAUUUUCCCCGUUUUUCGUGCCGGAGAAAGCAGCUCCACUAUUUCCAUUCUUCUCUGAGUGGAGUAUGGUCAGCUGUCACUACUUGAACAAAGUCUGGAAUCGUUGACAUGGCAACUACUGGCAUAUACAAGUGGGUCUCCACAAAUCUCAAUCAGUGCAGACUCUAAAACAUGAACUCAUAGUUUAAAAACAAGAAGAGGCAGCAGCUAUGGAGCUCACUUACACAUUUGUUAUUGCAAAGACAGUUAUAAUAAGAUUUUAAAUUAUUCAUCUUAGUCCAGAUGUGAUUCAAAACACACAGUGAUAAAUAAUCCUCUCAACUGAGAGAUUGCAGUCAUAAAUCAAAGAGAUUAUCCCAAUCAUGCCAAGGAAUAUGGUUGGUUACACGAGGAGAAAAUGUGCGUAAUUUUAAGUGAGUCUGAGUCAUAUCCACAAAUUAAAGCAAUUGAAAAGCGAUUAUGUUGGAGGAGCGCCACCUAAAGGGACGGCACAUGCAGGCUCUGCAGGAUGGCUCAGAGUUCAAAUGAACAUCUUUUCAUUUGGCUGUGAUCAAACAAGCGGAUGAAGAUGCAGUAGAAAUUAAAUUUAGUGAUGUUUGUGCAUGAAGAGGUGGUUGUGUACUUUGGUAGAUAGCCCACAGGUAAUGUUAGGUAAUUAAAAACAUCAGGGUUCUUCAUAGAUGGCAACAAAAACUAAUUUUGUUCUCCUCUCGCUGUCUUAUAACUGUUGAGUCAUUUUUAAUUAUUUUAAAGGCUAAUAAAGAGAGCGUGCAGUGAGGCUGAAACGGUCCCUUUAGUUGUGUGACAGAGGUACAAAUCAGAUCAAACAUAAAGGUGUCAUACUUGAUUUAAAAGCACGUGUUGGUAAUGCAUAACUAAAUGUGGUUGACACCCUCGCAGUGCUUUCUAAUGGGCUUUAAUGGGACAACAGCGCCUCUGAGUGAGAAACUUGCAGAAAGCACUUUUAAAGUGUCAGCAAUGUGUGUCCUUUCUUUUUUCAGGAGCUGCAGAGCAAAAGCAAAGUGUGUGCCAACGUGUUUUGCGGUGCCGGCAGAGAGUGUGCUGUAAAUGAGAAGGGGGAGCCCAGCUGUCUGUGUAUAGAGGUGAGUGUGGGGUCACAUUACUACAAUCUGAGAACAUGUCAGAAAUGGGGAAAAAAGAGUCAGAAAGAACAUCUCCUUCCUUCUUUUCAGAGCUGUAAACCCCAUAAGAGAUCUGUGUGUGGCAGCAAUGGUAAGACAUACAGGAACCACUGUGAGCUCCACCGGGACGCUUGUCUGACAGGUCUGAAGAUCCAGGUGGCUCAUGACGGACACUGCCAGGGUACGAGCAGCAGCAGCUGACAUCACAGCACAACAUGUGACAAAGUUAUCAGGGCAAAAAAAUGGGAAUGAGUUACAAAGAAGGAGUAAAAGGACCAGGAAAAAUGUCAAGAAAAUCUAGUUUUAAACCAACAAAAAACCCAGUUCUGUUGAGACUGGAUGGCAGAAUUUUAAAGAGCCAUUUUCUCUCUUUGUAUAGUUGAUAAAAGUGCUGACAGCAGAUAAUUAUUAGUGAAUAAAUGUGGUAACACAGUGCCAAAAGAGGAUAAAGCACCCCUAAAAUAAUUCUGAAGUGUAGACUACUUGAUGAAAACAUGAGAUUAGGUUUGCUGUAAAAGAUAAAUCUGAGGUGAAUUAAUUAAUUGCUAAACUUCUGCUAAGGUCAGACUACUUCUUGUUAAAACAGAAUUGUUUAAAUGACUCAGUUAUGUAAAGUUUACUGUGUUUUUCUUGUGGUGUUUCUCUUUGUUAAACAGUGAAUUCCACUGAUCAUUAUCUGUUCCUUUGUGCUGCGCAAAAAGAGAUGAAACGUAGGAAAUUACUCAAGGAAAAAAAAAAAAACUCUGACUUUGACAAAGCAUUUUUACACCAUCAUUUUGCUCUAGCAGAAAGAUAUGUCGAGAAAUUCUAGUUGAAGCAUCAAGUCACUUAGGAAAUCUCAGUGUGAGUUAUGAUAUUUGAGAAGGAAACAUUAAAAUGAAAUAUCUUUGCAAAACAAGAAAUCCUCGAGUACAUACAGAUAUUUUUGCUUGAAUACCCAAACAGAAAUGUUAUUAAUGUAAAAUAUCCUCAACCUUAUUAUAUGAAGCUAAUUAAUAAUUGUAACGAUUUCAUAUAAAUACAUAUGUGUGUGGUCCAUACAAAUAUACAAUAUAGGUUUCAAAUAGUUUUAACACAUAUGGUCAAAACAUAUGUACUAUAGAAAAAUCAAACAUUUAUUUUUGACAUUUAUUGAUUAAACAUGAAUUCAACAUAAAUGUAUUUUUUUUCUACUUGCAUUAAUAUAAUAUGUUUCAUAUACCGCCUAGGUAACAAUUUACUCGAGGUCUAUCUCUAUAGCGCAUUAUAAAUGUAUGAUGCGUUACAGUCAUGUUAUAACACUGUAUAACUAUAGUUAUAAACACUCAUAAAUGAUCAUAAUGCUUUAUAGCAACAAUCAUAACACAAUAUAAAGCAUUUUAUCGUGGCUUACAAGGUCAGGUAUUAUAAUGUGUUAUGCUUAUUGUUAUAAAGCCUUAUGAUAAUUAAUGAGUAUUUAUAAUGACUGUUAUACAAGUUUAUAAGCAAAAUAUAACACAUCAUAAAUAUAUGUAUAAUGCAUUAUCUAUUUGGGCAUUGUCAGUGAGUUGUUAACAGUUAUAACACAUAGUAAUACCUGACCUUGCAAGCCAUGAUAAAAUGCUUUAUAAUGUGUUAUAAUUAUUGCUACAAAGCAUUGUGAUCAUUUAUGAGUGUUUAUAACUACAGUUAUACAGUGCUAUAAUGUGAUUAUAACGCAUAAUACAUAUAUUUAUAAUGCGUUAUGGAGAAAGGCAGCAAAUAAAGUGCUACCAUGUUCUACAUCUGCGUAUAUCCUGCGAAUAUUUGUAAGAGCAAAGAAUUUGGUAUAGUUAUGGCACCAUCACUCCUAAUAUGGACAUGUAGUCAUAGGUUACGUUUCCAUGCAGAUAAAGUUAUUUUAAAGUAUUUUUUGCACCUUGCUGCUAAUAUUUCUGACUGGCCAAACUCCAUGACAACAGUUAUUGCUUGGAUAGUGAAGGCAACAAAAGAGUCAGCCUGAUUACACAUCACAUAUCGGAUCAGUCUAAGGAGUCUUGGCACGUCUAGUAUACUGUUAAUGAUUUCAGCUCUCACUGUUGACAAUCUCACAAAGGCCCAGCUGUUUUAUGGCACCAGCAGACAACACGGAUGGUAUUUUUGUUAUUGCUCUUAAAUGUUUGUAUGAGAGUCACUACACACAUGAAGUUAGUCAGAGCUGCGUAUAGUUAGUCAGAUGCUGCUGCCUUUACACGUGGUUUCUACUGAUAGUCAGCUCUGAACCCACAUCAAUCCUCUCCUCUGUGUGGAUAUUAAAAACUUCAUAGAGCUGAGAUAAAAAUAACAGUUUGCUGUAAUAAGAGACAAAGCUCUGCUGAAGCAAAGAAAAUUCUGGCCCUGCUGCGACUAGAUUAAUCUAACUGGUAGUUAUAACAAUGGUAUUUUAUAAUACAGUUGACACAGAGUCACAGAGUCUGUGUUGUUGGAAUUUGUUAUUGAAAUGCUGGAGAAUAAUAUAUUCUCAGGAUUGGUCCAAUAUUAUCAGGAAGGUCUGCUAUUUUUUAAUUUGGGCACAUUUUCAAGAAAGAAAAGCAAAAUUGUCAACAUUUAGGCUCACCUGACUAACUGUGAGCGCUGAUAGCACUUUGUGGCAAAUGGAAACGAUUGCUUUAUAAUCUCUGCCCAUCUCCUAUCUACUCGCUUGUAUUCAUAUAACUGAUACUUGGGGUCAACGGGUUGAUAGAGUACCAUAUAAGGCCACCCACGUGUCCCGGCACAAAAACAGUGUGCUGCACUCACACUCCCAGCCUUGACUUUAUCUAUUAAAAUGCAUCUAAUAGUAGUGUCUUAUCUGGAGUGAACCUUUCACUGCUCACAGUUGGAGAUGUCACAGUCUCUGUGUCCCUGCACGGCUGAACAGAGCUGUGGAAGAAAAAGUAAAGGAGACAAAUAGUUAUGUCAUCACACUGUCACUUUUAAAGACCUUUGGCCAAGAGCUUCGGGACAGCAAAGUUUAUCUUCAUUGUACUGAAUCAAUGCUGUUUCAUAAAUGCAGAAUUACUCUUAAAAUUUGUGCUUUUUUUUCUCUAUUUUUUAUGCUUUAGAGAAGAAAACAGAGCAAGCAGCUGCCAGCCCAGGUGAGCUUGUGUGAUUUUACUUGCAUGUUUUAUUUUCAUGUUUAUUUAUGUUCUGGAAAGGAAAGUAAAAUGAAAAACAAUGAAUGCUCUGCACACUGACAUGUUUUCUUUUCGUAUCAGUGUUACUUUGGUAUCAGGCCAUGAUUCAAAGAUGAGUUAGUGUUAAUAUUUGACUAUUAUCAAGGUGCAAUGAUUAUUUCAUUUCAGAUGAACAAUAUAUGACUCUGAAUACCUACGAACAAAGAGGACAGAUGUAAAAUGACGGACAGCUUUUAUCUGUUUGAUUAUUUAUCUAAAUACUGACUUAUGGAAAUGCUCUCGUUCCUGCAGUGGUUUGCUACGCUGCUGAUCGCAAUGAACUGAGGGGCCGUGUGAUCCAGUGGCUGCAAACUGAGGUUGUCCCAGACGGCUGGUUUGUCAAGGGAUCCAACUUCUCUGACAUCCUGCUGAAAUACUUCAAGGUGAGCUUAAAAAAGCGUGGACAUUGUUCUUGAAUAGUGCACUCAGUCGUUUUUAUUCAUUUCUACAAAAUGGCUCAGAUUAUUUAUAGAUGUGGGCCUCCUCUGACCACACUGGUCCUUAGAGCCGACUCAGACUGUGUCUAAUUAUUCAUGUGACAGACCUUUUAGGCCCAUCAGCUGAUGGCUGUAAUUCAGUUUAAUGAGGGUCUCUGUGGAGGAGGACCCCUGCCUCUCUGUGUGCUGACAUGAAUAAGAUUACAGCAGAGGAGCAGAUGGCUCUUUGAACAGUUUGUUUAAACAGCAGGGUUUAUUUAUCUGCUCCCAUCAUAAAAACAUGCACAUUACAGAACCUUCUUAAAACUCACUUUCUAUUGAAUCCACCACAUGGCUUUCUCAACACAUAUUUAUGUGAUGGGUUUUUAAUUAUGUACACCGUCUUUGGCUCCUACUGUUUUCUAAAGGCUCUGAUGUUCAUUUAAAUGAGCGAAGAUGUUGCUUUCAUGUGAAGAUGAUAGCCAGAAAUGACUACAUGAUUGGAUUUUUUCAUGCUACAGCACCCAUUUCUCCCCAAGCCCAACUGAAUAAUAAUCAAAUUAAUACACGCUGUAAGCCAGGCUCCUACUUGACGUGACUUGACGCAAAAGUCACAAGAUGAUUGUCAUGGCAACUGGUGUGCUCUGAAUUUUGGAUGGUGAGAUUGGUUAAAGCACUUACCUGUAAUUGCACAUACUGCAAAUUCUACUGAGAUGUUAAUUCUGCUCUUCUCUAUAUCUAACUGUAUCUCUGCAGACAUAUGACAACGGUGAUUCUCAGCUGGACUCCUCAGAGCUGCUCAAGUUCAUCCAGCAAAAUGACUCUGUGGUCGAGCUCCAGUCGUACGCAGACCAAGAGAGUAACAAACUCCUCAGGUUUGUGGGUCUUCAUGCUUACAUGAGUGCAUAUGAGAGCAGGGUGGAGGUACAAAUGGCUUCAGUUCACAGUGUGUUAUUCUUUUUUUUUGCCAUUUUUACCUCUUCACUCCGGGAAACAUUUUCCUCUGUGGCAGCGCUUGCACAUACAGAUCCAUAUCUGCCUGCUGCUGUGCUAUUUUCAGAUAUGCAGUGCAUUCAAUGAACUUUAUCUAGCCAGUGCAAACAUUACAGAAGGCCCUCUGUGGGAGCCCAAUCUGCGAUAAGCACAUGUGCUAUGUGAAAUUAAACUAUUUCAACCAAUCUGCAGUUGUGCAAAAUAUUUUUCUGGACUUCUGUUGGAACUGUGCAGACUUGUAACUUUUAUCAAAUCCAUGUUUGCAUGUAUGGUUGUGUUUUCCAGGAGCCUUUGUGUCGAUGCCCUCAUCGAGCUCUCUGAUGAGAACGCAGACUGGAAGCUGAGCUUUGACGAGUUUCUUAACUGCCUGAAGCCUGGCUUCAACCCCCCAGAGAAAAGUGAGUUUACAGUUUCAGUAAAUACACCUUGACACAUGGAUGUACGGUUCAUAAAGAUGUACUAAGUUGCUCAGACAGCCCUGGUACCCAGCAAAUGGUGGAACAGUUUCCUGCAUAUUUUGAGGCACAGUCAGAGUUUUGUGGUAAAAACUCUCGCCUGCCCAGUCCUCAGAUGUUGAAAUAUUCAGGAUAAAGUUCACGGGAAGCAAGGAGAAAAAUAACAUCCAGCAGACAGCACUGAAGCCAAGAGUUUCACGAGACUCAAGGACAUACAAACACAAACUCACACGAGACACACACAAACAUUUGGCUGGCUUUGUGUAUUUACAAAUUCCAUGUUUAGCACAUAAACAGGCUCUGGGUGUAUCAGUGACCUUCAGGGCUGAAAAACAUCUUAAUUAUGUCGAAUUUAUUUUGUCGUCUCUGAAAAACAAGUCUCUUUUAAAGUCAGUGGUAAUUAGUAGAUAUGUUAGUUGGCUCAGAUUUGCAGAAGAUGGGCAAGUUUAAACUUUUUGAUUUUAAAAAACUGAAAGGUCUCAUUUAGUCAGAUUUCGGUGUAAUGCUGUUUCUGUGAACAUUUCUGUGCAAGGUGAAUUAUCUGUUGACUCGACUGAACCCUUUUGUUAUCCUACAGAAUGUGCCUUAGAGGAUGAGACAUACGAGGACGGAGCAGAGACCCAGGUUGAGUGUAAUCGCUGUGUUUGUGCUUGUGGCAACUGGGUCUGCACUGCCAUGACCUGCACUGGUGAGAUAAAAUACCAGAUGAGUUUUUAUGCUUUUAAUUAGUUUGAUCAUUUCAGGAAACUUAACUCUUACUCAUUUUUUAGGGCGUCCUUUCGUGACGAAAAACAAACUCUACGUAUCGAGCAGGUGUAGACGUUCCUGUUUCUUAUAUUGUGCAUCUCACACAUUUUUGACUCUCCUCUUAUCUUUGCAGACAAAACAGCAGCUGUGGAUGAGACAGCAGAUGCUGGGGCAGAGAUGACUGAGGAAGAGUGGAAUCUCCGUGUGGCAGAGCUCAACAAGCACCAGGUGUGUUUGCAAAAACAAACCAAAGAAAUCUAAACAAAAAACGGCACUUGAUUUAUCAUAGAAGUGUAAAUAAGAAUAAGAUGUAUCCAGGAAAGUCUCUACAGUACAGGACAGACCACUUGGACAUAGUCGUGACUCUUAAAGUGCAUAUCAGGGCCUCAUCAGCGCCCACUGCCCGCUUCAGCUCCAUGAAAUAUAGCUGACAUGUGCCCCAAAGCUAGUGUCUGCUUUGAGAUUCCUCCAGGAUAUGACUCUGUGUCUCCAGACAAAGAGAAUUCAAAAUCAAACUGCUCAGCCAGCACAAAACAAUUCUCUGGGGAAUUGGUGAGAGUAAAUUUUUAUGUGACUGUGUACCAACCCAACACAGCUCUGUGAGCCAGGGGAUCAGCAGCUUUAUGGGUACUGGCCUGAGAAGUGAGAUGAUAAAUCAGACAGUGAAAUGAAGAACUGUUUUCUAAAUUAGAUCGAUAAAACUAUGAUUUGGCCGUGGAUAUGAAACAGAGGGCAGAUGGCAGACACAGAGCCGAAUGAUUACCAACACUUUCCUUUUUUAUUGUAGAUCACUGAAUGUCUUCAAGAGUUUGUGCCAUGAUUCAAAGUCAUCAGAUUAUAUUGCUGUUUAUUCAUCGAGUAGCUUGAUAUAAGUGGCUAAAAAUAUAAAAGCCAGCAUAACCUGGCAGUGUGAAAGAGAAAACCUUAUUUAAUUUGACUCAAAAGAGUCUACUUAAAGGUCUUAAAGAUUACUGCUGUAGGCUUUGUGUGAUUCUUGAAAGGCCUGAACCAAGAUUUAUUUAAAAAUUACAGAAAAAACAGGUAAAAACUACAACUGUGUUUUCAUUUUGUUGUUGGAAAGAAGUCAUCCAGUAGUUUAUUUGUUGACCAUGUAUCCUCUCUGCUCAUGCAUACUCUGUUACUAGCAUAGCACACUCACAGCUGUCGGUAGGUGAGUGAUCAUACGUAGAUAUCAGGUCUUUAUAAGGAAGAGAAAUAAAUGACAUAAAAUGAACACUACCUCAUGUUUUACAUCAGUUUGAUAUUUUUUGUCCAGUAUAAUGUCAUGCUAACUAACUACUUUGUGCAAAUGAGAGUAUGAGACUCCCAAGGUAGGACCACCUCUUUGGCUUUGGGCCACUGCUGAGUCAGCAUGAUCAUGUACCCCAGCAUGGAGGCUUAUGAUGCCACUGUAAACACGUGUGGCUCUGUGGGAACAAGUUUGGUGAAACCAACUGCGUGCUAAAUUCAGCUAUCAGAAUACAACCAAGGGAUCUGUUUACUUUUGAAAUACCAAGAAAAAUAUACACGUGAUGAUUUAUAACUUGAACUUUGAAUUUUAUGGUUGAUUAAUUGAUGAUUGAUUGAUCAGCAAUUUAUCCUGCAUCACAACAACUCCAUAUACAAGACAAAUUACACACAAUAAAAACCCCAUUUCAGACACAAAACAGCAAAUUCAGAGCCUUUCAACAUACAUUUGAUCUGCAAUUCAGCUUCAUGUUUAAUUUUUAGAAGUUACUUCAGUGAGACCAUCAUAAUUUAUGGGACCCUGUAACACAGGUUAGAUGGUAAUAGUACAUUUUGGUACUGGUGCAUGUAAACGAGCCUUAACAUGUUGUAAUUGUAGAGUGAUUCAUAUGGUCUCUGCCGUGGCUGACCUUCAGUCUAUAGAUAUUUUAGUCUGGUGGAGUAGUUUAGACUUAAUGGAGGAGGACAGACACACGUAUCUCAUCAACACUGCUGUAGGACAUUCAGACUCACAGAAGUAAAAAGAAAACAAGAGCUUGUCUACUUUCAGCCAGCAGAGAGAUUCAGUUCUCUGUUUUGUCUUUAUGCAGACAAACUCUAUAUGAUCCUUCCAGGACAACAAAUGACAGAAUUAUUGAAGUAUGAAAUAAUUAUAAAAUAAAAAAUGACAUCUUACUCUUUUGUCUGCUCUUGUCUGUGUUUUUGAAACAGGAAACGGUUGAGAAGAUGAAGGCCAGCACAAAGGAGGCCUAAACAAGGAUGCAAUGAAGGAGAGGAUGCACAUCAUCACCGGUUCUCCAUACUUGAUUUACCUUGUGGCCAUGUGUUGUUUUUAAACUGACUUUUUCAUGUUUCUCUGCUAUGUUAAUUAUUACACUUUUUUUUUUUACAAUGUGUAUGUUUUUGUGUUGAUGUUUGUUAGAUUCAGGGGAAAUCAAAGAGUAUCUUAGGAUUCCCUCGUGUUCAGUACUGUCAUAUUUGAUUGUAUUACUGCGCCCCUACAAUAGUCUUGGGGCUAUUUUUACUACGAUCCUUAUAUUUUUACAGUAAUUUUGAAAAAAAAAAGGCAUUUUGUCACUGUCUGGGAGUAAGAAAGUCAUAGCUUGAAGGAGGAUAUUGGGAUUGUGUGAGUGGAAAAUCCACCUGAAGACAGAGAGCCACUCCACAAUGGGUGCAGUAUGUGUUUCCACAUUGGUUUUACAGUCAGCAGAUUAGUUGAAGAAGCUGGAAUAAGAGGGUGAAGCUACUAGUGAUUUUGAUUCUUUUGCCGUUUAGAACUGCCACAAUAGGCCACUACUUGACUGAUGCACUUCUUUUUCUCUUCCUCCUUUUUGUUAAGUUUAUCAAAAGCCUGAUUUUUUUAAUCUUCCUGCUAAAGUUAAAGUUUUGCUGCAAGAAAAAUUUGCUUCUAUGUACAGUAUGUUAUUGGCUCGAGUUGCAACUCAUCUUGUUCCCAUGUUAUGCUCAGGCAAGUCUCUGUGGUGCUUUUAAACAUUUCUAUAGGUGACUGGUGUUUUUUUUUUCAGACAGAGACAUAGUGCGGUCCAUCUUUUAGUGCAGAGCUGCAAAAGCUGCAGCCAGGUGAGACCUGAUCUGAAUAUAGCAUGGUGAAAACUGAAACCAAAGUCUUAAUGAAGUGUUUGAAUGUUGUACAAAAUUCUCCAGGUAAAACAUUACUCUGGACCCAGCAACAACACUAUACCUGUGCUUUCAAAAUCACUCUAACAGAAGGACUAGCCUCACUGUCAGCUAUAGUAGCGUAGAAGCAUCAAUAACUGGGUGAAUAUAAACUGCGUGUGUGCGUAUGUGUGUGUGCUGUUGAUGCUGAGAGUAGUUUGAUUUGUCAAAUGUGUAUAUUUGUUAAAAUCCUUUACCUAAACUGGGAGGUUUAACAAUAAAAAAUCAGUGCCUUAUAGCCGUAUAGGUCUUUACCUUUGCCUGCACAUGGGAUUAUCGUGCCCAGUGCCAGAGCAAGAAUGGGUGUGCUUUUGCUGCAGUUUAGCAGUAAACUAGAGCUUUGUGAUGCUAUCUCUUAUGUCUGUGUGAAAGUUGCAUUUCUAGGUUCAGGCUCAAUCUUUCUAUUCCACUUAACGUGCAGAGACUGUAAGGAAUACAUAUGUAUGCCAAUAAAGACCAUAAACCACAAUCCA